AGUAUUCGAAGCAAAAAUUUGGGGAUUAAAAAUUCAAAGUGCAAAAGCUCACGUCUUCUCUGAUACUAGAGAGAGAAAAACCGUUAGGGCUUCACUUUUUACUGAUCAUACGCCAUGGCCAUGCAAGCUGGAAUGGGAUUAUCCAGGAUCGUAUUCAUAGUCGGAGCAGGUUAUACGGGAACUAUUCUUCUGAAGAAUGGUAAAUUAUCAGAUGUAUUAGGUGAAAUUCAGAAUCUAGCUAAAGGCGGCGAGUCUGAUGGAGAUUCUGAUGCCAUUGCCACCCAGAUUCGCCGGUUAGCCAUGGAGGUUCGCCAGCUGGCCUCAUCGAAGCAGAUUACUGUUCUAAAUGGGAAUGGCGAAAGUAACUUAGCAUCUCUAAUAGUGCCAGCUGCUGCUGUUGGAGCCUUGGGUUACGGAUACAUGUGGUGGAAGGGUAUUUCGUUCUCAGACGUGAUGUUCGUAACAAAAAGCAGCAUGGCAAACGCUGUUUCAAACUUGACAAAACAUUUGGAUAAUGUGUCUAAGGCUCUUGCUGCAACAAAAAGGCACUUAACUCAGAGAAUCGAGAACUUGGACGGGAAACUUGAUGAGCAAGUAGAGAUUUCCAAAUUAAUUAGGAAUGAGGUUGUUGAUGUACGGGACGACCUCUCUCAUAUUGGAUUUGAUUUGGAUGAAUUGCAUAGGAUGGUUGCUGGCCUGGAUCUCAAGCUACACUCUCUAGAAAGCAAACAGGAGCUUGCAAACGCUGGGGUAAUGUAUCUGUGUAGCGUUGUGAACGGAACAAAGACGAAAAUGCCAGAAGUUCUUCAGGAUCAACUUAAAAUUUCUGGAAAUGCAGUUCCAAGUCUAUUGGGUCUGAAAGAGAUUGCGGAUUCUGCUCUAUUUACAAACAAGUUAUUGACAGAUGGAAACGCGCAGGCUGUUCUGAUAAGCUGAACAAAACCUCGAUGAGGUACAUUACUUGAAGCGCGUUGCGUCUGCUUUUUCUGUUUAUAUAUUUUGCAUAUAUACAUAGAUAGAAUGCCCGUUGCAACUCUGUUACUGCAUCAAAAGAUUGGAGUGCAGGAAUUUUUGGCUGCUAGUCUUUUUAGUGAGUUCGGAGAGUAGUGUUUCACUAUGUGAUUUAAUCUGCUCGAUUAUUAUUAUCUUUUUACCAAGUAAAUGAUGAAACUUUACGGUUUAUUAUUAUCUUCGUUCUAUGUCUCCGUUCUUAUAUGUAUAUUGUGAAAAUCAAGAGCUUCGGAAUGUUCAACUCUUCAACAAAGAAUGUUGAAUACAUAUAUGUUCGACGGUAU